AUGGCGGUGAUGCAGCAGGCCCCUCACGCGGUGUACACUCUUGGCUCAGUUCGGGUGAUGGUGGAUGGCAGCUGGAAUCCCGCUACACUACGGAUGGGCUGUGGAAUUAUUGUCAAAGAUGUGUUUGGGAAUUGGGUUUCAGGGCUAUCAAUGAGCUUUGGUACGAGCACAACGUUUGUUGCGGAAAUCUUAGCCUUUGAGCAGGGCCUGAAGCAUUGUUGGGACUUGGGAUUCAAGGAUGUUGUCUGCUGCACGAAUUGCUCAGGGGUGCAACAUGUUCUUCACUCCAUGGUGGUUGCUGAUAGCUUCUGGGCACGUGAGGACAUCGAGAGGGUUCGCGCGCUUCUCCGGAGGGACUGGAAGUUGCUCAUGGUUCAUAUUCCUCGAGGUAGCAACACUGCAACGGAUUUGUUGGCCCGUCAGGCUGCGAGGGAUGGCUCGUCGUGUCGUACUUGGCACCUCCCACCCUUCAACUUGAAUCCCUUACUGUUGCAAAAUGAAGUAGAGUAG